GGCCACCAGGGGGCCAGCUGAUGGUUCUAAGUACCCGUCCCGUCGGUGAGGAGGCUUCCGGGCACGGAGCUGGGUUGCUGAGGGCUGGCUGAGGAAACUGGACCAGGCCACAGCGCGACAAGAACGAGUCCAGCAGGACCAGCAGGACCCGCGCAGGGGUAUCAGGGACUUUGAAUAUGUCGGGGAUUGCCCUCAGCCGACUUGCGCAGGAAAGGAAAGCUUGGAGGAAGGACCACCCUUUUGGCUUUGUGGCUGUCCCAACAAAGAACCCUGAUGGCACGAUGAAUCUGAUGAAUUGGGAGUGCGCUAUCCCUGGAAAGAAGGGGACACCAUGGGAAGGAGGCUUGUUCAAGCUACGGAUGCUUUUCAAAGAUGACUAUCCAUCCUCACCACCAAAAUGUAAAUUUGAGCCACCACUGUUUCAUCCAAACGUGUAUCCUUCUGGCACAGUGUGCCUGUCUAUCCUGGAGGAAGACAAGGACUGGAGGCCAGCUAUCACGAUCAAACAGAUCUUAUUAGGAAUACAAGAACUUCUAAAUGAACCAAAUAUUCAAGACCCAGCUCAAGCAGAGGCCUACACAAUUUACUGCCAAAACAGAGUGGAAUAUGAGAAAAGGGUUCGAGCACAAGCGAAGAAGUUUGCCCCCUCAUAAGCAGCGGCCCUGUGGCUCCAUGACGAGGAAGGGACUGGCUUGGCAAGAACUUGUUUACAACCUUUUGCAGAUCUAAGUCGCUCCGUACAGUUACUAGUCGCCUGGGAGGGUUGAGCGGGCGCCAUUUUCCAUUUCCGUCACUGGCAUAUACAGUCUCAAUUCGCUGAAUUGCCCCAGUUUUUCAUACAGGGUCUCUUCCUUCAGUCUUUUGUAUUUUUGAUUGUUAUGUAAAACUUGCUUUUAUUUUAAUAUUGAUGUCAGUAUUUCAACUGCUGUAAAAUGAUAAACUUUUGUACUUGGUAAGCCCCUAGGAGCUAGUUUCUUCGCGCUCGGAUGCAGGCAUGCUUCCCACUGUUCAGAGCUCUGGCCUCCAGCUGACUGUAUGACAGAACCACACUGUCCCUCCCUCCCACCCUCGUCUUCUCAGAAACCUGGGCUGUUGCUUAUGAGCCUCAGAUCCAAAGUUGGCCAGCAUCUCCAUUCUGCACCACUUCCUUUGUGUUUAUAUGGCGUUUUGUCUGUGUUGCUGUUUAGAGUAAAUAAACUGUUUAUAUAAAGGUUUUUGUUGCAUUAUCAUCAUUAAAAUGUGAGGAGGUGCCUCAGUAUGUCUGGGCCUCCUCAUAUGGCUGCAGACCUUGCCAGGUACCAAGGCUGAGCCCAAGGAACAGCACCUAGGAGUUUUCACGGCUUCUGCUAGGGAUGUGCCCAGACCCCAUGCAGCUCCAUCUUCAUCCGGUUCUUUGUAAAUAGAACUGUGUACAGAGGUGUGUUCUGUUCUCCCCACCUGGGUCUUUGGGCCGUAAGGUACCAGGCACCGUGAGACUGUUGAAGUCGGAAUCUGAAUCCAGCCUUCUUAAACCCAGCAGGGUGAAAAACUGGCUGAUCAAGACCAAGGCUGAGGCAGAGUGAGGGCCAAGGACACAGUGGCCUGCAUUGAUCUCCCUGUCUGCUAGCUGUACUGUGGGCCUCACUGAGCCCUGGUAGCUGGCUUCAGGCCUUUUGAUGUCCUACCCUUGCACCCUGGAGGAGGCAACCCUGCCACUGGCCCUGGCACACAGCAGGUCCUUCCUCUAGAGCACCUGAGCACACAGCUCCUGCACCUCCUGGCCUGCAUUCAACCCUACCCUCCGGCCCAGGGGACCAGCCUGGGUGUGGCCUCGGCACAGGAUGACCUCAGGUACCACUGUCCACAUGCUCUGCUUCCUGGAGCUGGUCUGGGGUAAAGCUGCUAUCUGCAGUGGCCUCUAGCCCACGCCUGGGCCAGGCUGGAUCUGUGAUCUUGUGGCUGACAGAGCACAGGGAGGUGCCGUGGACAUAGCCAUUGAUCACAGUCUCCUUAUGACUUGUUCCUGAGACCCCCUGGAAGACCCUUGACAUGGGAGCCAAUCACCAGUGGCUCAAGUUCAGGGACCAAGCAAGGGAGGGCUGGGCCUACGCCCAGGUCUACAGCCAGGAGUCUUCAUUCUGAAAUUGGAGGGACUUGUGUUCCCACAGCUGGUGGCACCAGGAUGGACAGGGCUGCCAGUGCCUUGUGGGUAUGUUUAGCCAUGAGAACAGUCCGGAGCUGAGUUUGGAUGGAUACUUGCAGUUGGUGGCACAGGGCCUGACCUGGGGAGUUCAGGCUGGUGUGUGUGUGUAGCCUGCUCUCAGAAUGUCUUAUUUUGUAACAACUGACUACAUUUAGUAAUAGGUACACAUGUAUAUGGUUAAUAUAUGGAAAUUCAAUAUAUUUUAUAGUUAAAGUAUUCUAAAGUAACUGAUGUUUCUAGCAAACUGUAGUGACUCCAGCUAUGAAAUGUUCCUUUUGUACCACAGUCCUUGGAUUACGAGAGAUGUGAAUCUUGUAACAUGAGAACACGGUCUGUGACCAUCCUGUGUUAAGAUGGUGGGGAAGAGGGUAUCCCAGCAUGAGGCCUCAUUGGUAAGGAAUUGUGGGCAACAGAUUAACCACUGUAUCUACAAAUCCUCUAAUUAAAACAUUUCCACAAACUGCA